CUGCUGCAGGAGGGGUGGAUUUGCGUGAGCAGGGCUGGUUCUCGCUUAGGCAGUCUCAGUGCGGUGAUGUUUGCAGAACGCGGCUGUGCGGAAGUUCUUAUCCGUGCUGCAGUAGGGGUUAGUCUCAGCAAUUAUUCUCGACACAACUUCACUGUGGGAUAAAACUAAAACCUUUAAAACUCACAAAACAGUGGCGAGGUUGAAAUAGUACAAAUUUAAACUCAGCAACCAUUUCGGUUGGAUACAUCCUCUCACUAUACACAAUGUCCAAGCCCAGCCACAGUGACCAUGUCCUUCAGCAGCUGAACAACCAGAGAGAAUGGGGCUUCCUGUGUGACUGCUGUAUUGUCAUUGGAGACAUUUACUUCCGGGCACACAGGGCGGUCCUGGCAGCCUGCAGCUCUUAUUUCCGAAUGAUGUUUAUCAAAGACCAGCCGGUUACGGCCCGUCUGAAUCUCAGCAACAUGCAGAUCAGUGCAGAAUGUUUUGAUCUCAUUCUACAGCUUAUGUACCUUGGGAGAAUCUCUUUGGGCCCGUACGAGUUUGAGGAACUCAAAGCAGCUAUGGUUUAUUUGCAGAUGUAUUAUAUUCCAGAAUCUCUGGAGGACCUUAAAGAUGUCAGUCGUACAAAUCUGACUCCUCCUUUGACUAGCAGUAAAAUGAUAUUUGGCGUCCGUAUGUAUGAACAGAAGACAGGCAGCAUAGUAGAAGCUGAGAGGUUGCAGCAAGCCACCAACUCAACAUCAGCUGUGCAAAGUAGUAGUCAUUGUAGCAGCAGCAGCAGCAGCAACAGGCAGCCCGACGAUAUCGUGGUGUCUCGUGUUAUGUCUAAUGUGGACACUGUUUCUGAACAGCCAUGUGACCUGCGCAAGAAACCCUGCAGUAAAGUUUCACACAUUAAAGAGCGCCCACGUUUUGGAAAAACAUACACCUGUGAUGAUUGUGGGUUUGUUUUCAGCUGUGAAAAACUAUUAAUUGAACAUAUCUUGACCUGUACUAACAGAAAGGCAUUUCAGGCACCCAAACAGAGUGCUGGAAUAGACAACGGAUUUAGUAAGACCGAAAGCUCUGUCUCGGAGUCAUCGGAGGACCAGAACGAUGUUUGCAAAAUGGACGCAGAUUGGCUAGAGCAGAAAUCGGAUACAGAAAGCUUUAAUAAUGAAACUUUGAUCAAAACAAUGGGGGUAGACUGUAAACAGACUGCAACAAGGAAUGCCAUCAUUAUCAAAGUCGAGCCGGAGGAAAGCUCUGCUUUAAUGCUAAACGGCAUUAAAGUGGUCCAGGUUAACGAUAACAGUGUGGACAAUUGUGCUCUGAGCGAUGUAUAUGAGGACGGGAUGAAAGAGUCAGUUUUUCAUAUUAAAGAUGACGAAGCAGCCAUGUCUAGGAAGGAGAACUGUAAGAGUUCUUUUGAGAUUCAUUUGGGAAAACGAGACAAUAAAGGCACUUUAACCAAAGCCAUAAAAGAGGAAAGGCUGGACACUGUGUAUAUCACUUGCGAGCUAUGUGGGAUAUCUUUAACGGAGGAAGACCAGUCUUCCCAUUAUAUAUCGAGUCAUAUGGGACAUAUUUGUGCUUGCGGUAAGUGUGGCCAGGUAUUAAUCAAAGGACAGCAGUUACAAGAACACGCACAGAGAUGUGGGGAAACAACUGAUUUGGAAACUGAUGGCAUAGGAGAAGACUCAGUCGACGAGGAGAAACAGGUAUUGGACGAAGGCCUAUCAGAAAGCGAUGUACAGUUCGAGAGUGACAUCGCCAGGUCUUGCCAGAUGUACAAGGAUGCUUGUUUCACCUUCCGUUGCCCACACUGCAGUCUGCGUUUCGAGAACGAGAAGUUAGUGGUAGACCACAUGGCCAAGUGCGCAAAGCAAAACAUGUUCAAAAGCACCUUGGCAGAGCAAAGGGAACAAGACCACAGACGGAAGCAUUUCUGCAGCAUCUGUGGGAAGGGGUUUUACCAGCGCUGUCACCUUCGGGAGCACUAUACAGUUCACACCAAGCAGAAGCAGUUCUCCUGCGUGACGUGUGGGAAGCAGUUCCUGCGAGAGCGUCAGCUGCGGCUGCAUAACGAUAUGCACAAAGGCAUGGCCAGGUACAUUUGCCCUGUCUGCGAUCAGGGGACUUUCCUUAAGCAUGAUCACGUGCGGCACAUGAUCUGCCACCUGUCUGCUGGGGAGACUAUAUGCCAGGUGUGCUUCCAGAUAUUCUCCAACAGCGUUCAACUAGAGCAGCACAUGGAUGUGCAUUUGUACAGUUGUGGGGUUUGUGGGGAGAAGUUCAGAUUGAGGAAAGACGUGAGAAGCCACUAUAACUCUAAACACAAAUUAUGAUAGAGAAAGACUGAGUCAUGUGUUGCAUGUAGAAGCCAUAGAUGUGAAAAGAUGUAUAAUCCUAAAAAAUACACCAAAACUAUUUUAGGCAUAUUGUAAUAUGGAGGGGAUCUUUGUGUUGAUGCCAUUUAAGUAGAGGGUUUUGUGCCAGAAGUUUUGAUAUAGUUCUAAAAUGUAACAUUUCAGUCUUCACAAAUGAAGAGAAUAGCAAGUGAUGCAAGACUAGAGGUGGUGAUUGUAUUGCCCAUGUUUCCUUAUUUACCUUCAGAUCCCUUACUUCCCUUGGUAUCUCUGAAUAGAGAAUCAUCUCCUCUUUAAAACAUUUGCAAAAUACUUUAAUGAGCAAUUCCUCUCUCAAGUAUAAUAGUACCCAAAAUGCUCUCCUUUUUCAUGGUAAAACUGGGGAUGGCGAGCUGGUUGCCGGAUAACUUUUACUUGCUCGCUAAAUAUCUAGGUAUCACUGAAUAGAUCAUCUCCUCUUUAAAAAUAUACGAAAUAUUUUAAUAAGCAGUCUGUUACCCUAAAUAUGAUCCACUUGCUAUCAAUGUGGAUAAUACACAAAUACUCUCCACAGGUUUCUGGAAUGACAUUACAUUGGAUAUUGUAUCAGGCUUGGCAAUCACCACUGUAAAACAAAGGGUGUAAAACAGAGAGUCAUUUGGCAUUGUUAGUAAAUUAAUCAUAUUUUGGGGGCCACUGAACCUGUGAGAUGGAUUGCUUGUUAAAAUCCUUAGCAUCAUUUUAAAGAGCAGACCAUUUAUGUAUUCAGGGAUACCAAGAUAUUUAGUGAACAAGUAGUCUUGAGAGAGGUUAUCUGGCAGCAAACUCCCGUUCCCCAGUUGUACUACUUUCCUAGAAAAAGUAGAACAUUUCAGGAUACCAUUCUAUGUGUAUAAUGUUUUGAUCAAUAGAAUAUGAUUAUCUAUACAGGGAUACAAAAAUGUUUAGUAAGUAAGGGUCUGAGUGAGGAAGAAUGGGCAAUAAAAUUGCCACCCCCAGUCAUUCUGUAAAUCAUUUGUUGUUUCCAUAAUUUGUGUCUGUACUGUAUAUAAUACUAUAUAUUAAUUUCUGAUGUUUUCACUUUUACAGUUAUUUAAUAUUUUGUCCCUGUGGGAAAUGUGUAUAUGGUGCUGGUGAGAUGGUAAGAAUGUAAACAGAACACUUGUAUGAUAUUGAAAUUGGUGAAUGCAUAUGAAUCCCUCUGACACUGUAGAAUCAUCUUGCGUUGAUUGACAUUUCACAGGCAUUGUAGUAGUCUUUAUUGUACAUCACUAGUAGGGAAAAAGUACACAAUAUUUUGUAUUUAAAUGUGCAGUCUAAUACCUGGUACAGGUCAAAUGCUUUAAAAUAUUUCACAUAAUUUGAUGUUUAAGCUGUUAAAUCAUUUUGAAACAAAAUUAAUUAAUGUAGUUGACAUCCAUAUUUACACUAAUGUAAGGAAACAACAGCGAUCUAAAGAUCAACAUGACAAACUCCCCUUAGGGAAGUCUAAAUAAAUGAGCUGGUUUUGAGCUGCAUUUGUUUUAGUGUUUUUUUUUUUUUUUUUGCAAUUUUUUUUAUUUUAAAGCUUGGAAAGGAAAUACCCUUCUUGUUAUUUCCUCAAAAUAGCUUGUCUGCAUUAGAAAACAAUCUUUAAGUUGUUGUCAAAUGUGUUUUGUGUGGCCCUACUGUUACAUUUUGUUUGCGAAAUAAUGUAUUUAUUGUCAAAGUCCUACAAUUCUAGUUGAUGCAAAACUUUUAUCCAUAGCUGUACGUAUGCAAGCCAACACAGGACUUGUUUAUUACAACUGUCAUUAUUUUUCUUGUUUAUAGAAUUAUUUUAGGCGUGCCAAUGAGAUUGAAGCUCUUUGUUCUCAAGGAUAUAUUUGGGCGGCAAUGGCACAGACAGAAACUUGUUGCAGCAAACAAAGAAGAUAUAGACUACAAUAUUCUGGUUUAUUAUUAUAUGCCUGAGGAGGAUUUUUCUUUUUUUAUAGGUAGUAGUUUUACUUUUAAGAAUGGGUUGGUUGUUUACACAUCAUAUCAGAUAUAUACAAAAAUGUGUGUAUUAUGAAACCAAAUUAUGUUAGAUGGUGUUGGUCAUGGUGGAGAUUCUUGUGAUCAUGGGCAAAGGAUUGUUUCCAAUAAGGCUUUAAGCACUGUAGACAAGCAUAAAUAAUUAUUUUCUGUGAAGGCCAUAAUAUCAACUAUGAUGCUGAAGCCUGCUAAAGAGGUCAAAUAAAUGAAUAUUGUGGUUGAAA